AGUGAGGAGAGAGACGCAGGGGAAAGGCUAAAAGCAUCUGAGACGGCGGAAAGAACGGGAGUGUGAUUCAGCUAUGAAAUCCAUCCAGGCUUUUUGCAUGCUGCUUCUCUGUCCAGCUUUGAGUCUCAACACCAGACAAAGCUACCAUGAGCUGGAAAAGAAGCUAAAGGAAGUCUUCACCGAAAGAAGCAGCAUCUUGCACCAACUCUCCAAGACAUCUAAGGAGCUGGACAGUAUCAAAGGCAACAUUCAGUCAUUGAAAAACGAUGACUCAGUCGCCAAGAAGGACGUACAGAGGAUUUUGGAGCUCAGCCACAAACAGCGAGACGAGAUGAAGUCCCUCCAGGCCGCAUUGCAGAAGCAGCUGGAUGAGGCCAACGAGAGAGCCGAGAAGCAGCAGGCCACAGUUAAACUGAUAAAAGCGGAGAUGGAAAAGAAAACCAAAAUCAUCAAGGAUUUACAACAAGAGAACAAGAGCUUGAAGAACAAACUUUUGUCGGGGAAUAAGCUUUGUGAUGCUCAUGCUGAAGAGUCCAAAAAAAUCCAGGCUCAACUGAAAGAACUUCGGUAUGGGAAAAAGGAUUUAAUUUUUAAGGGGCAACAGUUAAUGGAUUUGGAACACAAAUUAACCAUAGCCAAGGAAGAAUUAGAGAAGACUGCUCUUGACAAGGAGUCUCAGAUGAAGGCGCUAAAGGACACUGUUCACAUCUGCUUCUCAGCUGUCCUGCACAACCAGCCCAGCAGCAGCCACAGAUUUCCCACCUCUUCCUCCCAUUUGUACAGAUACUCAUCACUCAUAAACAGCUCCAGAGUCACUUUUCAACAGCCCCAUGCCAAGGAUAUCUCUAAAGUUCAGAGAGUCGUCAUAACCAGCAAAACACCCAUGAACAUCAGCGUAAUGAGGAGAGAAAUUGGUGGAGUUAAAAAGUGCCAGAUGGAGGAGAUGUUUCCUUUCUCCUCCAAUAGAUUGGGAGUGACUGCUCCCAGAAUCAGACAAUGGAAUUAGCUCCAGAAGCAAAACAACAACCAGAACCACAUCAGCAAAGAAGCCAAGGGCAGCCCGGGAGCUCGGAAAGCACUGAAAAGCGCCCGGAUGACAGCGAGGACGAAGGGGAAAGCAGCAGCAGCAGAAAGAUAAAGCCUCAAAAAUACAACUGAGCGGACAGCGUAUCAUGAAAAAUACAAAACUCUUGCAUUCCUGCAAUGAUAUUUCAAAGAGCACACACAUCUGACGUACUUUUACAGAAACACACACACACGCGCGCGCACACACACACAAUAUCAGCAUUGCUUGCAAAAGCUAAGAGACUGGAAAUGUCAACACAACAACAUGGCAUGCAUUAUACAGUUUUAUUUUGAAGGUAGCAAUGGCACUGGCGACUUGUUUCAUGAUUGUUCAUAUGAUGUUUACUUAUCAGACUCUUAUUCUUAGUGAGGUUACCUGGUUACUAAUGUGUGAUCUUUGUAGAAAAAUCCCUUUGCAUUGAUUGGUAAGGUCUGGACACUGUAUAAUGUGAUGAGCAUAUGAAUUUACUGAUGCCUGUUCUACACUGAACACUUUUUUGCAGUCAUCAGUCACUCGUUUUCAGAAUAUUCACAUUAUGUGAUGGAUCAUACUUUGAAUCUAGGCUACAAUUUUCAGGGUCUUAACGCAGUGUCUUUGCAUCAUUAGUAUGGGUCCACCACAGGUUGUUGUUGUGACUGAGGCAAAAUGUUGCGCUCACAUAGUGGUGUUUUUGUUGUGACUAAAAGAACGAAUAGGAAAGUGUGGCCAAUCUUACAAACGUUGCUCAAAGUGAGUCACAUUAUUAAUCUGAGUUUUCAUAUGCAGUUUCUGCUAAUGAUAAUGGCUGUGAAAAUGAUAUUUAUGUCAUUUCAUGGUGUGUUUCUUUUCUUUGGUUUUCUAUCUGCGAUCGUGGCGUCAGAAAACCUGUGAAAUGAUUUUCCCUCAAUUUGGGACACUGCUUGAUGUUGGUCGCACUCCAGUUUUUGUUGCCUUAUUUCAUUUUCCCAUCAGAGGUGGUCGAAAUUGUACAGUGCAUUCCGGGCUUUAUACAGAAAAAAAAUACUAUACUUCUAUAACUACUACCAAAUUUAGACUAUUGUUUGUCACGCAUAGUAGCAGGUUAAUUUACUCCUCUACAUUUUGGAAUAUUAAGGCUCAAGUUGGCUGGCCAACUGUUCAACAUUUAAUCUUUCUGCACUCUUUCUGCCUUUACCACUUCAGAGGCAAUGAGCCAAAGACUCACAAUGGGUCGUCUCCCUGAGAAUGUGCCAUGCACUGAGUAGUAAUUCCUAGCUACAUGUAUCUGUGUUCUCUGACCUUUAUGUGUAUUUUCAAUGAACUGUAAUUUUCUGGACAUUUGUGAAGAAUAAAUGGAUCUUUGUGGGAAAACAAA